AUGAAUUUGCUGCUGUCAGACGACUACCUGCUUCAGGACUAUCCUGAGAGCAUCACCAACACCAUACGAUCCGGGCAUGCCACGGUGCUUCGAUUCAAUCGCAAGGGUGACUACCUAGCCUCCGGCCGAGUUGAUGGCGCCAUCGCUAUCUGGGAUUUAGAGACGAUGGGAGUGGCACGGAAAUUGCGAGGCCACAGAUGGAAGGCUGUUCUAUGGGAUCUUCAGCAUGGCAAGCGAUUGCGCGAAGUGCGCUUCCGCGCGCCAGCGUAUAUGGCCGAGCUCCAUCCAUGGAAUCACUUGCAAUUCGUCGCGUCCCUAUUCGAAGAACAACCGGUUCUAGUGGACAUGACCGACCUUGUCGAUGUCAAGCAUAUCAUUCCUUCUGUGCCUAAGAGGAUCAACUCCGAAGGCAGUGCUGCACAAAAAGAGAAACAAGCGAAAGAGGAUGCCAAGGAAAAGACGACGUCGGCUAUAUGGACCUCGACAGGAGACCACAUCAUUGCUGGCACAAGCAAGGGCAAAAUCAACUUGAUCGAUGCGAAGACCUUGGAAAUUAUUUAUGCUGAGAAAGUUUGCUCUGGAAUCAUAACUACAUUACGUAUCACUGCUGCCGGUCGCGACUUGCUUGUCAACUCGCAAGACCGCAUUAUCCGCACCUUCAGAAUCCCCAAUCUCUCUGUAGACGAUUUGGAUCUCGACACAAUACAACUGCCCCUCGAACACAAGUUUCAAGACGUCGUCAACAAGCUCUCGUGGAACCACGUCACAUUUAGUGCGACGGGCGAAUAUGUAGCCGCAUCGACCUACAACAAUCACGAACUCUAUGUCUGGGAACGCAAUCAUGGGAGUUUGGUGUGCAUGCUUAAGGAUCCGAAAGAAGAACAAGGCGUCAUCGAAUGGCAUCCCUCACGGGCACUCCUCGCAGCCUGUGGGUUGGAAACAGGCCGAAUAUACAUCUGGUCCGUCAUCAGCCCUCAAAAGUGGUCAGCGUUGGCGCCAGAUUUUGCUGAAGUGGAGGAAAAUGUCGAGUACAUUGAGAGAGAGGAUGAGUUUGACAUUUACGCACAAGAAGAAAUUCAUCGACGACGACUUGAUGCCGAAGACGAAGAUGUGGAUGUCCUGACGUUGGACCCUACCAAAUUUGAUGACGAUAUCGACAGCUUCCGUCUACCCAUUUUGUUUAACCUUGGAGAAAGUGAUAGUGAGGACGAAUUCAUUGCUGUAUCAACCGGGACCAUGCGACGUAGAAGUCCUGGCGAGGGCCAAAGCGACAUGGAUGGGCCUGUCGACACGGCGGCCACCAGAAAGGGCGGUGCUGCCAAGGGCGGCCGGGGCAGGAAAAAGUAG